CAGAGGAUGCUCUUGGAUAACGCGGAGGAGUUAGCACAAGAUGUUGCCGAUUUAAAAACCCUUGUUGCGCAGCAGGGACAUGAAAUACAGUCACUUAGGGCAGAAUUGGCUAAAGGAACCGGAUCGUCGUUCAUCAGAUGGGGUCGAACAAGCUGCGAGGGGAACGGCUCUGACCUCGUUUAUUCUGGUUACAUGGCUGGUACUUUUGUUGACAAAACAAAGUACAGCGGGGACCACGACGGUGCCAACUACCUUUGCCUUUCUGACAACCCAACAUGGAGCCACUACUCUGACAACGCGGACAACAUCAUCUACCUAACUGGUGUGGAGUACAGCUUUAAUCCACACCAAACGUCCGACAUAAUCUCUUUCUUCGGAUCAAACGUAUUCGGACAACAAGUCCCCUGCGCGGCGUGCAAGGUCUCACGUGGAGUGACAAUGAUGAUACCUGGUAGAAACACCUGCAAUUCCGGCUGGACGAAGGAAUACAGUGGUUAUAUAGUCGGCCCUUUCGCUGGUUAUUCGCAUGGUUCCGAAUAUAUAUGCCUUGAUGAUCGACCAGAGGGCGUUGUUGGCAGUACCCAUUUUGACGGUACCAACGAGCUAUAUUUCGUAGAAGUUCAUUGCGAGGGUGGAAUGGAGUGUCCUCCAUAUGUGAACAACAGGGAACUUGCUUGUGUUGUGUGUUCCAUUUGAAUAUUAUUUGAACACACAUGUUAUACAAGUUAAAAAGGUUAUG